UGGAUAAGAAAACGUGAUUUACAUAUCCUAACAGCAGGUUCUACCACCUAUACAUCUGAUCAAAGAUUUCAGGUCCUGCGUCCUGAAAACUCUGGCAAUUGGACAUUACAAAUCAAAUAUCCACAGCCGCGGGAUUCUGGCAUAUAUGAAUGUCAAAUAAACACCGAGCCAAAGAUGUCCUUAUCAUAUACUUUCAAUGUUGUUGAACUCAAGGCCAACAUUAUUGGACCCACUGAUUUGUAUGUGAAAAGUGGCAGUGACAUAAAUUUAACCUGUAAAAUUAUGCAAGGACCCCAUGAAUUGGGCAAUAUAUUUUGGUAUAAAGGUCUGGAAAUAAUUGACAUGUCCACAAAUCAAAAUGAAAUUGAUAGUGGGAAUCGCAUUACCAUGGAAAACGACUGGUCCGAUGGCCUGACAUCAAGAUUGAAAAUACGUCGUGCCAUGCCCAGUGAUACGGGAAAUUAUACUUGUGUACCCACGAUAGCCAAGUCAUCAAGUGUCUAUGUUCAUGUAAUCAUAGGUGAACAUCCGGCCGCCAUGCAACACAAUUCAAGUAAAAUGCAUAGCAGCAAUUUCUAUUUUAGUAUAUGUUGCAUGUUAUUUACCAUUUUAACAUGUUGUUUACAACAUUUGAUGUCUACAACAAUCGCUGCCACGGCAACCACAACAAUAACCCGAACUUUAGUGUUGCCACCAUCAACCUCGGCCUCGGCAUUGUCGGCCGCCAAGCAACAUAAAACGAGGCAACCUGCUGUUACAAAAGUAAUAUCAACUAAACAGGUCUUAUCAUCCGCAGCAGUGGCAUCAGCAUCAUCACCACGGCCACCACCAGGACCAAUUUCAAGGACCUCAACACUAACCGAUAGCAAGAAGCAGAAUAAGUCUACAGCUGUUUCUAAUGUUGUGGUUGCAACAGUCACAUCAACGGCCUGUAACAUAGCAGCUAUCAGUAAUAAAGCUACAGCAACAACAAACAUUUCCCGCCUGAUGUCCUGUCGUUCAAGUAUCCUUAGAUGA